AUGAGUCUCGAAAAAAAAUUCAAUAGAGCAGCAGAGUAUUUACAGUCAAUGGCAUCAGACUUAGAUUCUGCACAACUGCUAAAAUUCUAUGCUUUAUAUAAGCAGGCUACGAUUGGACCCUGUAACACCUACGAACCUUUAAUGUUUAUGGGCAAUGUAUUAAAAAAAUGGCAAGCAUGGAAAACGCUUGGUGACAUGAGUUAUGACGAUGCUAUGAAAAAUUAUCUACUUGAAUUAGAUAAACUUAAUCCUGAUUGGGAUAAACAAUCUGAUUCUAAUUGGGUUGUUAUUAGUCGGUUGAUAAGUACAGAAGAUGAAAUAAGUGAUGCAGAUAAAACCUUUUUGGAUUGGGUAAAAGAAGGACAUGAAGAAAAAGUUCAAGAAUUACUUGAUAAGAAACCAAAACUUGCAAAUUUAAUAGACUCAGAAGGUUUGUUACCCAUACAUUGGGCUGCUGAUCGAGGCUAUUUAGAAAUUAUUAAAAAAUUGAUUGAAAAAGGAACAGAUGUAAAUGCACAAGACGAGGAUGGUCAAACACCACUGCAUUAUGCAGUAUCUUGUGGACAUCAUCAUGUUGUAGAAUAUUUAAUUUCUAUUGGAGCUGAAUUUAUAGAAGAUAAUAACGGUAUAUCACCUAAAGAUAUCGCUGGUGAAAAUUUUAAAGAAAUAUUGUAAUUAAAUGUUAAAUAUUAAUUAUGUAUAAUUUUAGAAAUAUAUAUUGUUAAAUUAAUUAAUGAUAAAUUUGUAAUAAUUCAUAAUAAUAAAAGACAUUGAAGAGA